GAGAAAAAAAGAAGCAGCUAACCAGCGGGGGCCGGCAGGACCCGCUUUAUAUAAGAUCAGGUAGUUGCUGCUUGUUUAACGGAAUGAAUUCAACCACACCUGAUGAACGACGACCGAGGAGGGAGAAGGCUGUGUGUGUGGACGGAGUGUGAACAGAUAAAGGUGUGAACGAGCAGGAAACGGGUUGGGGGAGAAGAUGAGGAAGAGGAGUAGGGGUGAGGAGGAAACAGAGAGAGAGAGGGGGACGGAGGAAAACAGAUGAUGUGAGGGGGGAGGAGAAGGAGGAGCAGAGAGGAGGCAGGCACUCAGUCUGCUUUGCUUCGCAGGAGGAAUCGGCAGCAACAGAAGGACAAUGGACAGCGUUCACCGCGGGUCCUAACGAGCACCGGGCAGCUUCAUCAAGCUGGAAUACAAGGAGGUGAAUGUCAGACAGCUCCAGGAUGCUGCCCCCCUCAUUCAUGCCAACCUGCUAUUCACCACGGGACAUUUGACUCACCAAACAUGAUGAAGACUGAGCCUCCGUCGGCCACGGGAGGCAACGGGGCCUCCGGUGGGAGCAACGGGAGCUCUAAUCUGCGAAGUCCGUCUCCCCACCGCAAUGCCUACGAGGCAGGUCUUGCGGCGCUGAAGAAGGCCACAGACCACCUCAACAAUGCCGCCAAUGGAGGCGCUGACCCUGCCUCAAAACCCGCUCCUCUGCCCCGGCCUACUGGGAGGGGCCGGAAAUAUGGCUCAAAUGUUCACCGUAUCAAGAACAUGUUCAUGCAGAUGCAGUCUCCCGGCGAUGAAGAGGAUGGAGCCAAAAUGAUUGUAGGUAAGGAACAGGCAGUGAAACUGUCCCUGCCGAGAGUAUCCAGCCUCAAUGAGCACGUCGACCACAGCGCCCUGCUGAAACUUGGGGGCACGGUCUCUGAAAGGGUCAACCGUUUUGACUCUAAAGUUGGUAGGGAGGGCAGUGGCUCAUCUGUGGGCUUGUCAAAGCUCCAGGAGACCAGGAGGAUCUUUGAGCAGCGGACUCUGCAGGAGAAGCAAGCUGCCACUAACCGCAUCUUGCUGAAGAAAGAGCGGGCGUCGGGCUUCCAGGGCAGCCGUCUAGAUGUUGUGGCUCGCUUUAAUGGGUCCACUGAAGCUCUGGACCGGCUAGAUGAUCCCCCUGUUCCCACCCCUCCUUCUAUUUCGUCUACUGCAGCUUUAGCCGGACCAGGCGAGGCCGUCAGUCCCACUGUGAGCCAGCUCAGCGCCGCAUUCGAAAAGGGUGACCUGCAAAACAAUCUCUACCUCCCCCAGCGUCGGUCAGCCCCUGCUUUGGCACCAAAACCCAAACCUCCACCCAGGGUGGAAGCAGCAGACAGGAAGACAAAGGUGAUACCUGCAGAUAAGGACGAGAAAGAUGAGGUAAAAGCAGGAGUUAUAAGUAACCAGGCAGCAGAGCUACAUGAAGAAACGGGUUCUCUAGAAAGGAACAUGGAGGGAGCCGCGACCAAUGAAGAGAAGGAUGCAUUUGGACUGUCGGGGGACCAGCUCUCCAACUCUUCCUAUUCCUCCUCUUCCUCAGUGACUGUCACUUCCAUCUCCUCUUCAUCGGAGGCCAAACCAGAGCUGGCAGCAACUGAGGCCAAGGGUUCGAGUACAGUGGAAGCCUCUGGGCUGCAGCCUGGCGAUCAGGACAGCGCCACUGCGGGAUCUGAGGCCGCGGGUAGGCUGGUGCAAGCUGAGGUUCAUGCCUCGCUGGAAAAUGGAGAGAAAGAGCCUCCAUCUUCCUCUCCUUCAUCGGAGGAGAAAGAAGAGGACUCUGAGGAGAGGGCCAAAGAAGAUGAGAAUGACGAGGAUGGUUCAAGGAAGGAGGAUUAUUCUGAGGGAGAUCUGAUAGAUAUCAGCGCAUACAGCGGGCUUGGGGAGGAGGACUCUGGGGGAAGCCAGCUGGACGAUGAGGAUGACGAAGACGAGGAGGAGGCAUAUCAGCCAGAGUCCAGCUGCUCAGAAAUCCCUGGCCUUCCUGAGGAAGAGGAGCCUCCGCCACCCAGUAGAAAGAUUCGCUUCAGCACUCAGCCAAUCAGAGUCUUUACCACCUACUCUAAUGAAGAUUACGACCGACGUAAUGAUGACGUUGACCCCAUGGCAGCGUCAGCUGAGUACGAGCUGGAGAAGAGGGUCGAAAAGUUGGACCUGUUUCCCGUCGAGCUGGAGAAAGACAGUGACGGCCUCGGUAUCAGUAUCAUUGGUAUGGGUGCAGGAGCUGAUAUGGGCCUGGAGAAGCUGGGGAUCUUUGUUAAGACGGUCACCGAGGGCGGAGCUGCGCAGAGAGACGGCAGGAUCCAGGUGAAUGACCUCAUAGUGGAGGUUGAUGGGACCAGCCUGGUUGGUGUUACUCAGAGCUUUGCUGCCACUGUCCUCCGCAAUACCACCGGCAAAGUCAGGUUUGUGAUUGGCCGGGAGAAGCCGGGGGAACAGAGUGAAGUGGCUCAGCUGAUCCAGCAGACUCUGGAACAGGAGAGGUGGCAGAGAGAGAUGAUGGAGCAGAGAUACAAACAGUACAUGGAUGAUGAUGAGGAGACAGGUGAAUAUGCGACAGACGAGGAGGAGGAGAUGAGUCCGAUGUUUCCGAACUCGAUAGAAGUUUUCGAUCUGGCAGAAAACCAGGAAAUGCUGUCCCCUGUGGAGCUGGACCCAGAGAAACUGGCCCACAAGUUCAAAGAGCUCCAGAUUAAACAUGCAGUAACCCAGGCUGAGAUCCAGCUGCUCAAGAGGAAGCUGGCUCACGCAGAGCAGGAUAAGUUGCGUUGGCGGAUGGAGCGUGCUCAGUUGGAGCAAAAUAUCCGGGACAGUAAAGAGAGGAUGGAAAAACUUGAGGGCUACUGGAUGGAGGCACAGUCUCUAUGUAAGGCUGUGGAUGAACACCUGAAGGAAACUCAGGCUCAGUAUCAAACCCUGGAGAGGAAAUACAGCAAAGCCAAGAGGCUGAUCAAAGAAUACCAGCAGAAGGAGAUCGAGUACCUGAAGAAAGAGACUGCUCAGCGUCGGGCAGAAGAGGAGAGCGAGGCAACACACAAAGAGGAGACAGACAACCUGCAGGAAAAGAUUACAGACUUGGAGACCAAAGUGGAUGCCUUGAAGACCCCCAAUCCCUCCUAGACUGCUGCUACUUCCUGCCUCCUGUCUGCGACUGAAGGAGGAGGAGCUCCCCCAUCAUCCUACCGCAGGGGGGCUGUAAUUUAUUCCAAUCAACCAUUCACUGCAACGGACAGGUAGCAGAGGAGGGAAAAAAUCCCAGCAAGUAGAAGAGAGGACCGUGGAGAAGGAAAGACUCAACCUCUCAUGUGACAUCUGCCAGUGGCUUAGUGCUCCGUCAGUCAACAACAAAUCCCAGAAUGCACCUUCUAUCAUAUCCAGAAUCCUCCUUUUGUGUCUUCCUGGCAACUGGCUUGGCAUUCAACCCGGAAACCAUAUUCAGCAACUCAGUUUGUAGACGAUGUGUUUUCUCCUCUCUUUAGCAGCAUCUUACCCAGGUUCUGUGAAUAAAUCCGAUUUAUUAAAAACAAAAAGCGCUUUUAAUAACCAGGCUCGUCACAAAGUGCUUUAUAGAGCGACAGAGGGAAUGAAGCAGAGCAAAAGGGACAAAAGGACUGCUGUUAUUCGACCUUUGAGAGAAGAGGACGAGCGUGUUCUCUGCCCGUGGCGAUGCUCGUUUUCAUCUGAAACUACCAGGAGAAGCGGUGACCUUAUUUUUAGAGACACGACACCUUUCAAGAAGUGGAACCUCGGUAGUAAGACUCGACAAAACUCUGAUGGCCACCGCACCGCCCAUUAGCGAAGUAAUAAAAACUAUGGAGCAAGAUGGCCUCCGUGUUUCAAAACUGUCAAAGCCCAGCUUUUUGCUUUCUUUUUUCUGACCUAACUCUCUGCAAACGGUGGUAUUAGUAAAGAAGAAGUGUGCGUUUCAGGUCUGAACUACGUGGCGUAACGUUUGUAUAUAUUCUAUACAUUUAUUUAAAAGUGUUAAAGUGGCUUAAGCAAUUAGAUGGAUCUGGAAUCUAAGAGUGAGGCGGUGACGCCUUACUGUGGAGGGAAUGGUUCAGUAGUCCUCAGUCUGUUUCAUCUCUUUUCUCUCAGCAUCAAUGGCAAACAGGGUGUGAAUAGUCUAAUUUGUGCUUGUAGAACUUCUAAUUGUGUAUAUCUGUUGGUGUUUACUAUAUACUCUGUGGGUUUACAUGCACACAAACCUGCUUUCAGGUCAGCCGUGCACUAUAUUCUCACGUGUAGGAAGGCUUCCUUUCUCGUUUUAGAAUAUCCUCUUAGCUCGCACUCUUAGCUACUACCAUAUACAUAAAAUAUUAAAAAAUCUAUCGUCCAAACAUGUCAUGGAAGCAGAGAAUGACUACAGAUAGAAACUGAUUCAUUGAAUUGGCAAUUGAGGUCAAAUGCAAAGUGGAAAACAGCACUAAGAUUAGAGAAUUUGCUCAUUUAAAAUCCUAUAACAAUAUACUGGAUAUUUACUAAAAAGAUAAAUUCAUAAUUUGUCCAAAAGCAGGUCCAAUUAUUACUAACUUUUAGAUUGGAGUUUACUGUUAUUACUGCCACUAAUAUCCCCCAUCAAUAAUAAUGUUCCUAUAUUGCGCAGUAAAACUUUUCCAAGCAAUUAUAUACCUAACUAAAGACUCAUAUGAAAUGUAAUUUUCAUUUUAAUUAUUAUUAUUAUUUUAUUAGUAUGGAAGACUAGUAUGGCCACGGGGGCCUUUUUUUUUUUUUUUUUUGUCCCUAAAAACAGGUGAACAGAAUCAGCCUUUUGGGAUUUACUUACCUGGAUGAUUGAGCAUGCACCAAGACUCCCUAAAAAACCAACUUUGAAUUUAACUUCAGUUUUUUCCCCCAGAACUAUCACACAAAUACUCUUCCAAAACUAGCAAGUAUAAAAAGUAAGUGGAAACUACUACUGAAAAAAUUUAAAUUGAUCCCCCAGUUUUUGUUUUUCUUCAUUGGCUGACUUAAAUUUCCAGAUCAUAAAUUGACUAACAUGAUAUAAACGGAGUAUAGUGAAACACUGGACACUCAAAUAUUAGAUUUUAUUUGAACAUUAAAAAACAAAAACAUAAAAUCUUAAACUUUACUAGCUAAAAGUUACUUUUAUGAAGUGGUUUCUGUUUCUGUAAGUGUUAUUGUAAUAGUUUAAUAGUUUCUUUCGUUUGAACAUUACAUACUGACUAGUCAAAUGUCACUAGUUCUAAGUUAGUGACAUUUCUCCGUGGUUCUGUAUUGGCUAAUGUCAUUUGGCUGUCGGUUAGCUUGUUAGGCUAUAAGUGUUGACUGACAGUAGUAGUUGUUAGCUGGCAAUAUGUUAAUUUAACUUCCCAAAAUCACAAACUAGAACUAUCAAGGAUGCCAGAGUCUUUGCCAGUUCUGUUUUAUAUUGAUAUUUGUAUCAGUAUUUAUCAAUUCUCAUUAGCUAGUAACACCUCACUAGCUAGUGAAGCCUGCUAGCAUAACAGGAUAGUGUAGCCACUGAAGUGUUUGUGUAACAAGACCGUCACAUGGAUAUGAGCAUUGGGGUUAUUCAGAAAACUGUGUGCAUGUAAACACACUCCACAUAUCUUACAUUAGGAGAAAAGUAGAGGGUCCCGGUGCCAGUAUUAUACCUAUAGAAAAUGAAUUUAAGUUAGCGAUACAUGCCUGACGUAGUUGAACUGGUUGAAUUUAAAAGUGUUAUUAUAGCCAUUAAAGGUCAGGUGUUUCUUCAGGAAUUCAGUAACCAAUGUGUCGACUCCAUCUACCUGAAUAUGAUUUCUUUUCUUUUCCCCAAACUCCUCUUUGGUCAGAUCAAUGUAAUGAGUUGCAACUUUUUUAAGAUUAGCAGAAUCAAAAGGUUGAUUUGCUGAGGCUAAUUAGAUAAGGAUUGAACCUGUGACACUGUGGUUACUGUACGCUCUAUGUUUAUAAAAAAUAAUGUGAAAAUUAUAAUGUGGACCGUUUCAAAUAUGAAACUUGUAUUCAUGGGAAUGGCAAAAUGGUGCUCUGAAAGAUGGCCUUUACAUGUGAAACGAAAUUCUGAACUGGUAGAUUAUGUAUUUUGCUGCUGUCAUUCCCUGUGGUAACUGUUGUUAUGAGCGCCUGUGUUAAUCAAGAUAGUAGAGAGAGUAAAGACAGUAGAGCUUGCUGGCAAGCUCUGAUUAGCUCACAUUAUUUGAAAAACCACAAGUGGAGUACAAUCCCGAGAUCUAAUUAGGCUACUUAAGCUUAACUCAUAAUGAAUGGAGCAGUUUUGAGGUUGACAAGUUAAAACCAAUCUCUGCAGCUUUUUCCCAAACCUUAGCCACACUAGCACCCUGGUUCUGAGAAUGGUACCAUUUGCAUCGUAACUUUGCUCUCAUUAUCUUCAAGCCCAUUGUACCGAUGUUCAUAGUGCCCAGAGGAAGCAUACCGAGUUUCCCUUUUGCACCAACAGCCGGUUAUAAAUGUUAAUUCAUCAAAUAUUAAGGUUCUAAAAUCCACUAAUGUUAGCAUGCUAACAUGUUGCUAACGUGUAAGCCUGCUCAACAUUACCCUGCUGGGCCUGCGAUCACGUUCGUAUGCCAGUGUUAGCAUUUCGAAGCACUGCUGUGCCUGAGUAUAGCAUCACAAAGCUUAUAGCAUGGCUACAUGAAACCCAAAAUAAUUUUGACAAAUCACGACUAUUUAGAUAAAGUUGCUAUCUGCUUGAAAAUGAAAAGUUGCAUUUCCAAGCUUACUUGCUAGGUAGAAGCAUGUUUUCCUGAGGUAUUUGCUUUAAAAAAAGCAAAAGAAAAAAAAAAAAGCUUGUUUUGCUAAGACCAAUCUGCCCCUGCCUUCAGCCUCAGCCUGGCUUUGUUCUUCACACCCACUCUGUUGGAGCUGAAACUGAUCUGAAUCUGUGCUUCACCUUUGACCUACAGUAUUUGUGCAUUAACAGAUAUCUAGAGAGACAUGGGGGCAGAGCUUUAAGUCUUUUUGCACGUUUCUGUUUGAGAACUGUCGGGGGACGUGGAAACAAACAGGAAUAUGAGGACAUUCAACCACCAGAAAAUAAUCUUUUGUGUUUGUACUGUUUGGCUGAUGAACAUGGAGGAGUAACUCCAAAAUCACAAUGUAUGAUUAUUUUCAUGUAAGAAUUCUUCUUCUUUUGCUAAAAAGACACCAAGUAUUUGUUCCAAACCUGCAGUAUGUUUUAAAGUGUUGUCUUAAUAGAUGGAAGCAAAGGUGAAAGAGCAUUUUUUG